UGCCACAACUACUUUUCAGUUUAAAAUAUUCCAAAAAUAUUAGAAUCGGUUUGACUUAAAGCACAAAACUACCAACACAAGACUCGAAGAUGUGUAGACUGAUGUAUAUUGAUGCGUUUUGUUUGAAACGUUUUUCAGUUCUCUAAAGGAAAACUCUCAGUUUAACAAACUUCCAAGUAUGUUAAACUGAGCUUUACGAGGGCACAUUAGGUGUCAUGUUUUUGUUUUUCCCUUGAGUAGCACAAAACUAAUAUCUGAUCAAGUGCUGAUAAACGUUUACAGAACACAAACAGGCAUGAUAAGUCAUAUGUUUAUUUACAGGGAAUUAGCGGCGACACCAGAUCCUUAAAGUGGUGCGGGACGUUUUAACUUGAUUUAAGAGCGAAGGGAUAAAGGCUCUGCUUAUGGGUAACCCUAGGAAAUGGGAUUCAGCCUAAAUCUAUUACAAUCCACUCAUCUUACUGUGCCCAGUUUCCCAUUCAUCCACGGAGCAGAUCAACAGGGAGGUUAAUGCGGGAAUAUUGAUCUUAGAGGGGAAGGUACUCUUGAAGUUAAAAGCCGAUUUUUAUUUAUUUAUUUAUUUCUUUGUCCGAUGAUUUCCUCCCACGGGGUGAGAGAGGAUUAUUCAAGAAGAGGUACCAUAACUCCAUAUUACUCGACGAGAAAAACGUCUGCAUACCAGCUUUUAUGACAACACCUAAGCACAGCUCCGUCCAGAGCUUGAAGCGCAUGAAAGGACUGAUCUUCAUUUCGGUGAAACCGGUAAAAAAAAAUGAAAAGAAAAAGAACUACAUAUCUAAACAGGGAAGUGUAAAAAGAGUGGGCUAAAUUUUGCAUCGCUCAUCUGCGUCCAGAAAAAAGUGUUUGAUGCGGUUUUUCACUGAUGCUAUCUGGGCCAUUUGAUGAAGAGGAGAUGAGAUAAGUGCUGUGGGCUGUUGCCUCCAUUAGCUGCACGGCUUUAAGAUAAAAGCAACCCCUGAUCCCCACUGGGACGUACAUGCUCUGUUCUGCAGAUUCAGAUUCAGCAGGAACUUUAUUUCCUUCCUCCUUCUUUUCUUCUACAGUUGUUUGCUUGUUUGGGAAUCUUUGCGAAAGAGAGAAAGAAAGGGGGAAAUAAAACGCGCAGAAAAGCCCCGGGACAGUCUGCAGCCGUCCGUAGUGUUGAAACUGGGCCACCCUUUCGGUUAAAAGCUCGCUACCUGAAUUUCGCAACUAGGUCUUACAAAGUACCUCACUUCUAGCAAACCUACAUCAGUGCCUCAUCUACUCUCAGUUCAAAGCCAGACGGAUCGAUUCGCUAUAGAUCGGAGCAAAGAUUAAUCUGCUGAAAACAACACUGCUGCACUUUUUCUUUCUGUUCACAGGUGGCACACUUGGUUCAAAAGGCGUUCUUAGGAGCUAAAACAGCGUCGUUACACCCUACGUCUCAUCCGGGCGCAUGUUGCAUCCCUCUGAUUGCGUUGAUUAGCUGCGGACGCUUUCGUUUGCUCCCCUCCCCCCCCCAAAAAAAAAAUCCCCCAAAAGUACCUUUGACAGAAGCAGUACUGGCAGCAGGAGCGCAAGGGAGACAUCCGAACGUAUCGGAUACCCCUCACCUCGGGUCGUUAGUGGACAUCGAUCUCUUCUAAGCCUUAAUGACUGCAAAUACAGCGCAGAACAAUCAAUCGCCAUCAACACGCAGGAAUAUUCUGGGAUGGGAGAAUUGAUAGGCUGUCUCCCGGCGCGCAAUGGAGAGGCUGCGGUGAUUAAAUUCUGUUUAACGUCUCGGUGGUGGUCCGUGUGCGCGCCUCUUUGUUUAUGCGUGUGCGGUUCAGGCUCAGAGAUGGGGGUCUGUGGUGGAAGGGAGUAGGCUUACAUCAUCGCGCAUCUCCAAGUGUUGAAACCGGUGUGCGGUCUGGAACAUGACCGCGGCGAAGACUCUGGGCCGGCUAUUGUUGGACGAGCGAUGAGGCACCUGAGCGGCUCAGCUGUCCAUCUGUCAGGAACGCACUCCCCCUUCCUCGGCUCAUACACACGCACCUUCACACACAUAUAAUGAGGUGCUGACGAGUGAAGGGUCACACACACAUGGUCUCCUUGUGUUUGUGUAACAAAUAAAUAAAAAGAAAUUGCCUUAAGGUGGAAUGGUUAAUUUAUGCCAUUUCCAGUUGGUACUAUGUCACCUUUUUUAGGUAUAAAUAGAGAGCAAAGAAUGUAAUAAAUGUAUACAUGCUUGUCUUCAUUAAGUUAAAAGUGAGUAGAAAUUAUUCGUAGCAAUAUAAGUAGGUCAAUUAUUUAUCAAUAAACACUUAAUUUAUUAAACUGGAAGUGAUUAGAUGUUCCCGGUGCACCAUGACGUAAUCUGUGAUUCAACAAGUAUAGACUCUGAUUAGUUAGCCUUCUCUGUCACACUGAACUCAGUUUGGGUCAAAAGUCAGAACUUGGAUCUAGGAAUGAUGUCACACUCAAAUAAAGCGUGUUGUGGUUGGAGUUUGGUAAACCAUAAGGAUUUACCGAAGCGGUGGCUGCUAGGCAACCUUCCCAGUCUGCUCUCCCACAGUUCAGAGGGCUUCCUUGUUGAAUUUCAGUCUGGAAACUCUUCCGACUACAAAUAGAAUGUAUCGAAAGCUUUUCCCCUCCUACCAUCACAGACGUAACCAUGUGAAAUCACUGGGAUUUAAACUGAAACUUUGUGCUUUAGUCAUGUAGGACUGAUAUUGAGUUUUUCAGCAACAAAUGCUCCUGCGUGGUUUGGUGUGAAACACUGGAUGAACGUGUGGAAAAGGCCCUCAUGCCUCCAUGCUAAGUACGGUUGAGGAUCUGUCAUGCUGUGGGCUUGUUGCUCUUCCAUAUACAUUGGGACAUGGCAAAAUGGACUACUGGAAAUACAAGGAAAUUUUAAAUUAAAAACUUGUGCUCUAUACCAGAAAACUAACAGUGGGUCAUCAAUAGAUGUUUUUCAUACACAUUUUCUAUCCACAGAAAUGAAAAACAAAUGAAUCUCAAGCCACUUAUCUUGACUGCAGUAGUGCCAGCUGGCUUUGACUUUCAUGGGUAAGGCUUUGUGAUUUAUGAAUUUUAUUUAUAUUUAAUUUAUUUUACAACAGUUCACUUAUUCGCAUACGUAUUUACCAAUGUUGUUGUGGCUUGUAAUUUUGUAGUUGUUCGAAACUUUACUGAGACGUUUCAUUAAAUGAAUUUCGGCACAUCUGGACUUCCAUAGCUUUUUAGGAACCCCUGGAUAAAACAAACAUUAUUUGGCAAAGAUUGGCUCUUUAACAUCUAAAACGCCUUGAUCUGCUCCGUCUCUACUCGGACCUGCUGGAGUCCAGGCUGCUGUGUGAACUACGUGACAUCAGUGAGGGAGCAGAAGAAGAAGCGGGGUGCGGAGCGGAGCCCGGUGAACUGGGCGGGCGCUGUUGCACGUGUUCUGAAUCGAGGAGGUCGGGCUCGCAUCGCGUUCCUCAUGUCCAAUCGAUCCCCGCUCGGGAGGAGCGACGAGAGAGCAUCAGGAGUAUCACUCCUGCAUCCCUGAAUCCCUUCACUCUCAUCAGCGUCUCUCUCGGGCGACCCGCGGCGCAUCUCCGUGUCAGACUCGGGCAGCGGCUUGGAGUGGGUAAGAGGAACUUGUUUGGAGCCGGAGCUCGCCUUCCGGAGGGACGGAAUUAACGCACUUCUUGGAGACUUUUCCCUCCACACCCCCUCGGCUCCAGUCUGAUCUUGAGAUGGGACUCGGCGAGAUCAUGGCAGCCCGGAGCCGGUCGCUGUUGCUCACCUGUGCCGUUUCUCCGGCGCAGCAGUAAAGCGCUCCCUUCGCACUAUUUUGUGUGGGACCUGGACAAAGAGGCUCGGAAGGAUUGACAGUUUGAAGUCUGGAAGUUGAAGCAGAAAAGUGACAAAAGUGCUCCAGUUCUCUCGCUUACUUGGAUCCUGUACAGUUGGCACUGAUCAUGUCUUCGAGAUUGUAGAUCCGGAGGCGUCUUGUGUUUAAGGUGAGGAAGAGGAGGAGGACGAGGAGGAGAUCCGAGGUGCGAGUGAACGCCGCCAUGAGCUUCACGCCGUGAGGACCUGGCCAGACAGACGACAGACAGGAUGAAGCUGAGGGGAAGGUCAGCUUGGCCUUGGCAGGUGGCCUUCCUUGUUGCCUUGGUGAUGCUCUGGGUUGACCCCGUGUCCGCCGGCAGCCGUAAUCAUCGGGGACCAACAGUGUCCUAUCAGGUGAAGCAGGGCACCUGUGAGGUGGUGGCCAUCCAUCGCUGCUGCAACAAGAACAAGAUUGAGGAGCGAUCGCAAACCGUCAAGUGCUCCUGCUUCCCGGGGCAGGUUGCUGGGACGACCAGAGCCAGACCCUCCUGCGUGGAAGCCUCUAUUGUCGCCCAGAAGUGGUGGUGUCACAUGCAGCCCUGCAUGGACGGAGAGGAGUGCAAAGUCCUGCCCGACCUGACAGGAUGGUCAUGCAGCACCGGCAACAAAGUCAAAACCACCAAGGUUACACGAUAGCGAGAGAGCCGCCGAGGCAAAAGGAAACCCGAAGCGCUCCAUGUGGAGACGGCGGAUGACUCACACGCAUUCACAGCCCGACGGGGGGGAUAUGGAGGUGAAGGGACUGUUGUCUGUCACAAAAAAACAAAAUGGAUAAAAUGUUCUCAUCAAAACCACAUGGAGACCCACAUGCAGCAAAAACUGGUCAAAGAAGCUAUGAGACUGCAGUCGGGGUCACACACGGACAACGACGUCAUUCCUACUCUCCACGGUGGAUCUCAAAACACAAAAAUGCUGUAUUUUUGAAACCUUGCUUGAGCCGAGCGUUUUUGGUGCGAGAGCGUAGCGUGAACUCAAGGAUGCGCUGACGGUGUCGUCAAACUCUGGAAGCCUCUGCCGGAGACAGGAGUGAAGAAGGUCUGGGAGCAACGAAAGAGAUAAAAGCUCAUAACUGGAGAGGUAGCAAAUUAGCAUCAGAAUGCUCUGGUGGGUCAUGCCACCGACGCUCACGCUGUUUUUGCAGGAGUCAUUUUGCAGCUCUAAUUAGGGGGGGGGAUUGCAGUAGAAUCAUAACAGCAUUAUUAAAAAUUCAUGUAGGAUAUUUGCACCCGUCGGAACCGUUUGGGUGACAUUUUAUUGUUCGGUACACGGCACAUCCUUUGUGGCGCAUCUGAAAUGAAACUGGAGGUGAAGUGUUUUCUAAACUGUCUGACGUUCGAAGUACUGUAGAUAAAUAUGCAUAUCGUAAACCAUUAAUUCUGAGUAGUUAUUUGGUAAAAAAAAAAAAAAAAAAAAGUAUUCAUGGAGCUUUACUUUCUUGCAGCUUGGAACAAUAUGAACUAGCAAACUACGUCUCAUUUAUUUCUCUUUUUAUUUUCGCCCGGAGACAUUUAUGAGCUCAUCGUUCAGAGUUAUGUCUCCUUGAUCUGCUGGGUUCAGUCUGUGGCUACAGUUUUUAAGGAAGCCCAUAAAGGCUUAACCAAAAAGAAUCAUUUGUCUUUCUGCUACUCAUACAACUGACUGAAACUGAUUUUUCUAGCUACAGUGACUUGCAAAAGUAUUAAUACUCCUUGGCCAUUUUAGCAUUUUUGUUUCUGAAAGAACUGAAACUGAUGUAUUUCAGUUUGAUUAUAUAAAAUAGUCCAACACAAAAUAGUGAAGAAGUGUUUGGUGGAAGAUAUUUAUUCAAAGAAUUUUGCCAAUAAAUGUCAGAACAUUUGUGCAGCUUUGUACCUGACUUCUCCGUUGUGUUUGGUCUUCAUGACAUUAUUUGUUUUGUUAUUUUUCUCUAACAAACCUCCGAGGCCUUCACAAAACCGUUAGAUUUACAUCUGUGUUAAAUCUCACACAGGUACACUGGCUUCCACUAGAAAUGUACGCAAAAAAAUAUUCCGCUAUGUUUUUGAAAUCGUCGAUAAAACACAACUCCAAGGGUUUCCAUUAAAUAAGAAACGCAAUUAAAAUAACACGCAAAUAUGUUUGUUUACACGGUAAGUCAUUACAAAACACGCCGCGUCAUCGCCAUCCUACCACUUCCUGUCGUCUUCUUUGUCUUUUCCGGCAGCAGUAACAACAGGUUGUUUAUCGCGUGACUCGCGUGGUGCGACGAAAGCGUUUCGAAAUAAACCAAUUUCGAUACAGCUGAAAACCCACCUCAUCCACCAACCACUUUAUUUAUCAAAAAACAGGAGAUUUUUCAAAAUUGGCAUCGUUUCCAUUCAGCAAAUUUGUUUUGUAGUUUCAAUUUGUACAAUCAAACAGUCAAUGGAAACACAGCUACUGAUAUUGUUUGCCAGAUGAUCAUCCACUAACAAAUGCAAAUCCUAUAUAUCAGCAACUUAACAAUCUUACACUACUUUGUGUUUUUCUAAUCAUAAAGGUCUCGUGUAAUAAAAGAAAAAAUGCUCCAGGGGUAUGAAUACUUUUGCAAGGCGCUGUAUUUUUUAUUUUUAAUCCACUGUGGAUACUCUGUGGCAUUUCUUAGGCUCAUACAAGCGUAAAUAGCGAGACUGAUUUGUCUUUACAUUUUGUAUGUCAAGAAUGCAAACCGGUUCAAUUAGCGGAGGUUUUUAUCUCUACCUUUAUCGGUGGAUGGAUCUUUUUGUGUUCAACAUUUUCCAUUGAUUGCAUCUGAUCAAUGCUUCUGUGUGGUUUACAGAAAUAAUUGCUGCAGAUAAUGUCAGCGUUAGAAACCUCCUUUCUUUCCGCGCCUCAUCCUCUACAGAGCCUGAUCAUUACUGCAGUACAGCAGUGUUGCACAGCAAGCAGCCGUCACACUUUUCUAUCUUCUCUGUCAGACUCUUUUCCCCUCUCUCAUGCCCCUCUCCUCUAACACACUGACAAAGUGAUGAUAGCGCUGUUAAAAGAAAGUUUUGUUCCACACACUGCAUCACAGUUUUCUUGCUUGAACUAGAAUGGAGCUUUUCUUUUUUUUUUUUUUUUUUUUGCUGUCACGCUUUUCGAAAUGAAAUUUUCUCUCCUGGACAUGCAUCCAAAUCUUUCUCACACGGCAUCAAGUCUGCCUCUCUGAUACGUGAAUGUGUUGGGUCAGCAUGCCUGGGGGUUAGCCUUCUGGGGCCAGCUCCUUCUCCUCCUCCUCCUCUGCGGCUGAGAGCCUCUGCUUCUCAGACACGCCGCCUUGUGAGCUAUGAUAAAUCUUUGGGAGCUGAGCCGCUGACUCUCCGGCUGCAGCGCUGCGCUCUGAGCCAGAGGGAGCUCGGGGGACGGCAGGGCUACCAGUGGCAGGCGCCUCCACUCUCUCAUUACUGAGAGGCCUGGAUAGAGCCGGUCUCCUCCUGGGAACACUGACAUGGAAUAUUUUUAGGCUUACGGUGCAGCGUUGCUGCUAGGCCAGUCACACCACACUGCCCUCUUUCUUUGAGCACCGUCUCAGCAACAAUAGUCUAUUUUGAGAAGAAGAAAAAAAAAACAUGACGUUCUGCAGCAGCAUUCAUGCACAUUUGAUAUAUACAUAUAUACAAAAAAACAAAACAAAAAAAAACCCAUGCACACGCAUGUUAGGGUAAACUUACAGGUGCUUCUCGGUAUGUUAGAACAUCAUCGUAUAUGUUCACUUAUUCACUUCAGAAGGUGAAACCCGUUUCAUUACGUACAAAGUCAUAUAUUUCAAGCAUUGUUAAUUUUGAUAGUUGAUGAAAAUGUACAAUUCAGAUUAACAGAAAAUGUGAAUAUUAUAGAAGACAGAUUUAAAAUAAAGUGUAUUUACAACAGAAAUGUCCUCAGUUGGGCCACCUUUUGUACGAGUUACUCCAUCAAUAUAGCAUGAUAAGGAGGCCGUCCGCCUGCAGCUCUGCUGGGUGUUGAAGAAGCUCGGGUUGCUCCGUCAGUAGCCCUGACCUCGUCUGCAUCGUUGGAUUUAGUGUCAAAAUCCUCUAAAGGCAGCAGUUAUUCCUGUGUAACUUCCUCAGCCCCACUUUUUCCUUCCACUAAGCUUCCCAUAAACGCGCUCGGAUAAAGCCCUCUGUGAGUAUCCUGCUUCUUUAGCGAUCUUUGUGUGGCUGACACUCCUUAUCGAGGGUCAGGGUUGAAUAACUGUCUGCUGCUUUUAUUGGUCUAAUAAAAUAUUCAAAUUUUCUGCA